ACACACUCACACACACACACUCACAGCGCGUUAUGGGACUUCCUUGAUUCGUGUUUCCUGAACUUUGACCGCAAGCAGACGCUGAAAAACUCCAGCGGAGGUCCAUGGCAGUGCUGGAUGUUCUUCAGAUAGGUUGGAGAUGAGUUUGACACCCAUUCUCGAGGAAACGUUGAUUAAACGUUCUCAACAGAAGAAACGAACAUCUCCACUCAACUAUAAAGAGAGAAUGUUUGUGCUCACCAAGAGCAAACUCACCUAUUAUGAGCUCAGAUCUGAUAAGAGGGUGAAGAAAGGCUCGGUGGAGCUGCACAGAAUCAAGUGUGUGGAGAUUGUUAAAAGCAGUGCGACUGUCAUUCCUUGUCAAAACAAAUAUCCAUUCCAGGUUGUUCAUGAUUCCACCACGCUGUAUAUUUUUGCUCCCAGUAAUGAGAGCAGGAGCGUUUGGGUUCAGAACAUCAAGGAAGAGAUUAAGAAUAACGCUCAGAUAGUGGCCAAGUUUCACCCUCAGUUCUGGCACGAGGGCGAGUGGUUGUGCUGCGGGCAGGUGGAUAAACUCGCCCUGGGCUGUGAGGGGUACAACUUAUUUGGAGACAUUUCACGUAAACCUCUUCCACCAGUACCUUCAGAUGAGCAGAUGAUCAGUGGUUGUACGACCCGUCGGCCGCCCCCUCCACCUCCACCCACACAGGAAACAGCACAGGAAGAGGCGGGCUCUGGAGAGGAAGUUGUCAUCGCACUGUAUGACUUUGAAGGCCUGGAGCCUCAUGAUCUGACGUUGAAGAAGGGUGAAGAGUACGUGAUCUUGGAGAAGAGUGACGUCAACUGGUACAGAGUGCGAAACAAACACGGAGAGGAGGGCUACAUUCCAAGCAACUAUGUGACUGAAAAGGAGUCGGACAAACUUGAACAGUUUAUGUGGUUCUGUAAAAAUGUCAACCGCAACAAAGCUGAGGAGCAGCUCAGAAAAGCGGGUAAAGACGGGGGAUUUAUGGUUCGAGUGUCCAGCACAGGCACUUACACUGUAUCUCUGUACACAACGAACACAGGGGACAGAUCGCCUACAGUCAGACAUUACCAGAUUAAAGAAAUACACGACUCAUCAAAAUACUUUUAUCUGGCAGAGAAAUACAUCUUCAACAGUAUACCUGAACUCAUAGAAUACCACAAACACAACUCUGCAGGUCUUGUGUGUCGGCUGCGUCAUGCAGUAGGUGAUCAGAUGAGAGAAGCUCCAACAACAGCAGGAUUUAGUUACGAUAAAUGGGAGAUCAACCCGUGUGAGCUAACGUUCAUGAAGGAAGUGGGCUGUGGUCAGUUUGGAGUGGUCAGACUGGGCAAAUGGAGAGCGCAGCAUAAAGUGGCCAUCAAAACCAUCAGAGAAGGAGCCAUGAGUGAAGAUGACUUUAAAGAGGAGGCCAAGAUCAUGAUGAAUCUGUCUCAUCGUAAUCUGGUGCAGUUAUAUGGCGUCUGCACUCAACAAGGACCCAUUUACCUGGUGACAGAGUUCAUGGAGCUCGGCUGCCUGCUGAAUUUCAUCCGUCAGAGGAGAGGAACCUUCACAGAGCAGGACCUGCUGAGCAUCUGCCACGACGUCUGUCAGGGGAUGCAAUAUCUGGAGGAACACGGAUUCAUACACCGAGAUCUGGCUGCCAGAAACUGUCUGGUGAACAGCUCACUGGUGGUGAAAGUGUCAGACUUUGGGAUGGCCAGGUAUGUUGUAGAUGACCAGUACACCAGCUCCUCCGGAUCAAAGUUUCCAGUCAAAUGGUCUCCACCUGAAGUCUUCAACUUCUGCAAAUACAGCAGCAAAUCUGACGUCUGGUCUUUUGGUGUGCUGAUGUGGGAGGUGUUCACUGAAGGGAAGAUGCCGUUUGAACACCACACCAAUCAUGAGGUGGUUCUGAAAGUCACUCAGGGACAUCGACUCCAUCGGCCCAAGAAAGCUGCGGUGCACAUCUACAGAAUCAUGCAGAUGUGCUGGAUGGAGAGAGCAGAUGAACGACCAACAUUCUGCAACAUCUCUCUGAUGAUCACUGAUGAGCUGGAGGCGGAUGGACCUGCAUCGUGAACUCUCAUUGGACGGUCUGAUCGCACUUUAAUUGACGAGCUCCAGUCACAUGAUGAAUGAUUCAGAUGUGAAUCGCUCAUCGUCACUGUCCUUCAUCAGCUUUGACUCUGUCCCAACAGAAAGACUUGUUCAACAGUUCACACGUCUUGAAGGGGUCGUAUAUUGUUCCCUUGAAGUUCACUUAAAAUGUUUGAAAAGCGUUUGUGUCACAACGUAACAACAUACGAGAGCUGCUGGUUUAUAACUUCAGAAGGAUCUGCAGAGCAGCAGGUGCUACACACACACAUGCACGCACACACACACACACACACAUGCGCACACACACACACACACACACACACACACACACACACAUGCGCACACACACAUACGCACACACACACACACACACAUGCGCACACACACAUG